UUUCAAAGUGAAAGUUUUGAGUUCUGAAGACAGGCUGUUUCUCUCCACUAGGCUGUUACGUUACAGUGCACAGUUCUGGUCCACAGGGAUCUUGGUGGGUUUGGAGCAGAAUUCAACUCAUCCAGCAGCUCGCUGAGGUACGGGGGACAGAUUUUCAGCUCGAUGUUCCAAAGAAAUCUGCGAUCGUCCAUUAACAUUGGUGUUCCAAACUUAAGUCUUGCACCAGAACAAAGCAGUGAUGAGGAAAAAAAGGAUCAGCUUCAAGGAUUUCAGAAGCAGGAAGAAGAGGCAUGGGAAACAACCCCACAGCAGGGUCUAUCUGGAGCCCGCUUCACAUGUCCCGUCUGCAAGGAUUUCUUCACCAAGCCGGUCACCAUCCCAUGUGGACACAACUUCUGCCUGGACUGCAUUACGCAAUACUGGGACCAGAGUGGACUCAUCUGUCUACUGUGCAGAAAAACGUUUCAAAACAGGCCUGAACUACUUAUUAACAGGCACUUUGAAGAAAUAAUCCACAGUUUCAAAAAGGCCCAGAUCAGUCCAUCUAACCAAAUCUAUGCACUUCCUGGCGAUAUCUCCUGUGACGCCUGCACUGAAAGGAAGUUCAAAGCGGUUAAAUCCUGUCUGACGUGUCCUGCAUCUUUCUGUGAGGAGCAUCUCCAGCCUCACUUUGCAGCAUCGGCUUUGAAGAAGCAUACUUUGGUGGAACCUGUGCACCACCUAGAAGACCGGAUAUGUACAAAGCAUACAAGGCAUCUGGAGCUGUUUUGCAGGAAUGACCAGAUAUGUGUUUGCCUCAUGUGUUCAGUGACGAACCAUCGAAAUCACAACAUGGUCCACAUCGAUGUGGAAUGGGCCGAGAAAGAGAAGCUACUCUUAAAAACUCAUGCUGAAAUACAAAAGACUGUUGCAGACCAACAAAAUAAACUUGAACUCCUAAGGAAAGAGGUGGAAUCAAUUAAGAAUGCAGCACAAAAGGAGAUCAUGGAGAGUGGGAAGAUGCUGGAUGAGCUGAUCUGUAUCAUCGAGCAAACACGGGUGCAGAUUAUUGGGAUGAUUGAGAGGAAGCAGCAGUCAGAUGUGAAGCAGGUGACUGACAAGAUUGGACAACUAACUCUAGACAUACAAGAACUGGAGAAGAGGAAUGGAGACAUAGAGCAGCUCCUUAAGACAGAAGAUCACAUCCGUUUUCUUCAGAAAUACCAGCCCCUCUUGACAUUUCCGCAGACGAGAGACUUCCCAGUAUCCCCCAAGAGCACAGACUUCCUACUGAGUGUCACCCAGAAGGCCUUCUUUGAUUUCUUGAACCAUCUCCAAGUCGGUGUGGAGAAAACUGCAGAUCUGGUAAUGGACAGAAUGCGCAAAUAUGCAGUGGAUAUUACGCUAGAUUUAAAAACAGCACACCAAAAACUCAUCCUGUCCAGUAAUAGAAAAGAAGUCCGCUUUGGUGGCAGGAGACUAUCCCUUCGCGACAGUCCUCUGCAAUUUGACCCUGUUGUUGCUGUUCUUGGCUCAGAAAGCUUCACUUCAGGGAAACACUACUGGGAAGUGGAUGUUGGGGACAAAACGGACUGGAAUUUAGGUGUCGCCAGUGAAUCCAUCAACAGGAAAGGGAAUGUGAAGCUGAACCCAGAUAAUGGCUACUGGACCAUAUGGCUGAGAAACGGGAAUGAAUUUGAGGCUCUUUCCAGUCCGUCUAUGGCCCUGCCACUUAGUUUGAAGCCGCAGAAGGUGGGAGUGUUUCUGGAUUACGAUGAAGGUCAGCUCUCGUUUUACAAUUUGGAAUUAAGAUGUCACCUCUACACUUUCAAUGCAAACUUCACUGAGAAACUGUACCCAUACUUCUGUCCUUUUAUAGUGUAUGAUGGGAAAAAUUCUGCUCCCUUAAUCAUUAGCAAUUGAGUCCUCAAGCAAAUCCUAAUAAUGAUGGAAUUGUGUUGAUUAUUAUUUCCUCUUAUUGUGCAGUACCACAUGUUCUGACAAGUGUAUAUAGUCUAUAUACUGUACAUCGGACUUCCAAUACAACUUGGAGUCCUGCUAUUGUGGGCUGCAUCAGGAGUGGGCAGG